UCAUAAAAAUCAAUAACGAGGUUUGAGAGUUAUCAUUCUUUUGAUCUUUUCACACAAUAAAUAAAUUGAAGCUGGUAAAGUUUGUAUUAUAUCAAAUAUCUAUCUAUCAACUACUGCGCAACAUUAGUGUUUGGCGAUAAGCCAAUUUCCUAUGUCCGUCAGAUUGUUCUUGAGAAGUGAAAAUUUUGUGAAAAGAAGAGGCAAUAACAUUUCAUAUUUUUGUCGCUGUAUUCAUUCUUUAGUAAGAAACAUGAAGUACGUUAAACUUUCUCAAACAGAGGACUUAAUGCCAACGCUAGGAUUGGGAACAUGGCAGGCUUCACCAGAAGUCAUCGAGUCAACUGUAUACAAAGCUUUAGACUUAGGAUAUCGUCAUAUCGACACUGCCUUUAAUUACAACAACGAGGAGGCUAUUGGUAAUGCUAUAAGAAAAUGGAUUGAUAAUGGUAAAGGCACAAGAAAAGAUUUAUUCAUUACCACUAAGCUCCCUCACGUGGGAAAUCGUGCGUCGGAUGUAAAGAAGUUUCUAGAUCUUCAACUGAAGCGACUGCAGAUGGAAUACGUAGAUUUGUAUUUGAUACACGUGCCUUUCGGAUUCCAUUGUAACCCAGAGACGUUGACGCCCGUUGUAAAGAGUAAUGGCGAAUAUGAUUUGGACAUGGAUACGGAUCAUAUAAGCACUUGGAAGGCAAUGGAAGAAUGUCAAAAAGGAGGACGCAUUCGUAACCUUGGUCUAUCCAACUUUAACGAGUCGCAAAUUACUAAGAUUAUCAGCGCUUGUACAGUGAAGCCCCAGGUGUUACAGGUGGAACUGCACGCAUAUUUCCAGCAGUUAGACUUGCGCAAGUUCUGCUCUGACCAUGAUAUAGUAGUCACUGCGUAUGCCCCUUUAGGGAGUCCGGGCGCGAAGGAUCACUUCGUCAACAAGUAUAAUUAUAGCCCUGACGCGUUUCCGGAUAUACUGGGUCAUCCAGAUGUAAACGAAAUAGCUCAAGAUCACCAAAAGACACCAGCUCAAGUGUUAUUAAGAUACUUGGUCCAGCAAAAAGUUGUAGUUAUUCCGAAAAGUACUAGCGAGAAAAGACUUAAGGAAAAUUCUGACAUUUAUGAUUUCGAACUGACACCCGUUGAAGUGAAUCAACUGAAAAAAAUAGACCAGGGGGAGGAAGGCAGAAUUUUUAAUUUCUUAUUCUGGAAAGGUGUAGAAAAUCACCCAGAAUAUCCUUUUAAAUUAGGUUCAGCAAUUAAUUAAUUUAAUAAUUAUCUUUAGUAAAACGCAUAAUUUGAUCAUUUGAAAGUUCUAAGUUUAUAAUCACUGCCAAGUUAGCACUUUAGUUUUAAACUAUCAUGGCGAAUGGUUGAAUUUUAAAUACAUAUAUGAAUUCUGCAUUGUUUCUGUUCCAUUCUAGUCGAGCAUUAGCUCUAAAUUACCGGUAUGUUAUUAUUAUAAUGUGAGCGUCAUGAACUCAGUAUAACUGGGAUGAGACGAUAAAUUCACGUAAUAAGGUCAGUAUUCGUGAUAAGGUGAAACAGGAGAGUAUUAGUUUUUAAAACGUAACACGUAUAACGUGCUAAGUGCUGUGUAUUUUAGUUUUUAUUGCGUUUAAGGAAGGACACAUUGCAAGUAACUAUUAUGUUACGAGCUGAGCUCAGUAAUGUGGUCAGUCAAAGGAAGUUAUUUUAGUUUAUUUUAGUAAAUUUUAUAUCUACGAUGUAAAACAAAGUAUUAUGUUUAUAUGAAUAAACUAUGGUAGGUGUGACCAGCUGUUUACAUGAAUAAAUUAAUAGCGACAAUUUUUUUCGAUUCGAAUAAUAUAUUGGUUUUUUUUUGUAGUUUCAUAGUAUCUUUCAACUCGAAAUGUAUAAUUUAGUAGAACUCAAGAAUUUUUCUCUGAAUAUGCUUAUAUAUUAUUGUAAACG